AUGGUGGGUAAAACAGCUGCUCGUAGCCGUCAUCAUGGUAAUCGUACGACUCCUCAGAGCGUCUCGGUAGCUACAGCUACUGCUCAGUCAUCCAGAAUCGAUGAAAGGCGAAGUUUUUGCAGAAGUGAGGAAUGUGCAGGAUUAACAGUGCAGAUCCAUCCUAUAUGGCCAGAGAUGCCUCAGGGGCAAGGAGAGCUGUUUUUCGAAUGUACACUCUUUCUGUAUUCAGUGCUUGCCUUGUUUUUACAAUAUUUAAAUCUUUAUAAAACACUUUGGUGGCUUCCGAAAUCUUAUUGGCACUAUUCGAUGAAGUUCCAUCUUAUCAAUCCAUAUUUACUGUCUUGUGUAGGAUUGCUCCUUGGAUUACGGGUUACCAAGUGCUUUUGGAAUACGAUAACUGAGUUAGCAUCAAGUGCUUCACAAGGUGCAUCUGGAACACAGCUGCUUAUUUGGCGUAUUGUCGAAUGGGCAUUCGUGAAAACACCAAUGUUCACGAUGGUUGCCACUUCAUUCAUGUUCAGCUUUUCGAGGGUUUAUACUGAUUUUCCUUUCAAAUCAUUACUAUACUUCGGACAUCCGUUAAUAUUAUUCAUAUUCCUUUAUUAUUCUGAGUUAUUACACAAAUUACAUCGUUUAUUAUCGGCAGUACAUUUUGUAGUGAAAGGUGGUGAUUUGAAUAAUAUUACAAAUGCACCUCUUAUAUUUCCGAAAUUACCGACACCCCAAACAUUGGUUGAUGUCGAUAGUGUGGUACAUAUGUGUAGUACUAAUCCAGCUCAAAUACGAGAAGAAGUGGCUGUGCUGACUCGUGAUUUCAAUCUUCGAAUGAAGCAUUGUCUCUUUUCUGGUCUCUCAACGGCCUAUCUCUCAAUUUUCGUUCCCUGCGUAUUCACACCGCAAAGAUCUCCAUCAGGAAUGCCACAGCAAAUGCACGUUGAUGUAGCGUGGGUUGUCGAGUUGUUUUUAGUUGUUUUCCUAACAUCAUUUGCACUCUACAUCACUUAUUUAUUGCCGAUUCAAUACUGUGAUUUACUGCAUCGAAGUGCUACGCAUUUGGGUCGAUGGGAGAAAAUUGAUUAUUCACGUAUUACAUCCACUUCGAAUCAACUUCAGUUGAACACUGGCGCACCGAAUACUACUUUUCAAAAUUGGGAUGCAGAUAGUUUGUACACAGAUGGAACGAUUGUGCGUCAUGAGGAGCAAACAUAUAAAGCUCAUGCCAGUUCAGCAACAUUAGGCGUAGCAGCUGAGCCGGGGGAUCCUGAACAUCUGCGAUUCUACCGAGUUGGCGCUGAGCCGGUGACCUUAAUCAACGUGAUGUGCUUAUUUGAAGUGGCUCUUAUAGCGGCACAAUUCUGGAUGCUCAUCUUGACCACCGAUUGGCAGCACAUCGUUACACUCGUUUUGUUGAUGUUCGCCAACUACCUUCUCCUCGCUAAAGUAUUCAAAGAUCGUGUUGUAAUUGGUAGAAUUUAUAACCCGUCACCGGAAGAUUUACAGUUGAUUAAACAAAUGCAGCAAGGAGCUUGA